AGGAGACGGCCCUGCCAGUGGCGUAGGACAGACAGCGACCUUCUGCUAGUCUUCUCUCCGUCUUCUACAUCUGCAUUAUUACUUUCUCGUCAGCGUCCUGUCUCUUGUCCUUCUACUUAAUUGCUAUUAAUAUAAAAGUCAAGCCAUAAAAAGCGGCUUAAGUAAGACUAAAAAACGCCUUUUCGUUGCUUUUUCCUCCUCCUGAAGUCGCUUUUUUUUAUCUUCAUCUUCAUCUCUUCGUCUCGACUUCAGCUUCAUCCUCUUCCUCUUCGUCUUCUUCUUCUCCUGCGGCGUCUUCACUCUCGCUUUCUCAUCCUUUUUUUCUUUCGUUCGUUCUGGCAACCUCCCGCCCUCCUCGCCGUCGCCCGUCUUGACCCCCUUUUUCUCCAACCUCUUCCUCCGCCAAAAUCCCCCCAGCCAGGCGCUGACGACUACUUUCACCCUCCUUGCAGCGCCGGGAAGAUCGCUCUAACUCACCAGGACGGUAGAUACGCCGAUACAGGAUACCUCCUUCACCCGUUCCGCAGUGAAGACGCAGUCGAGAAGUUGAAGUGCUGCGGUCAACGACGUCCAAACAUUCUCCAGACUGCCGCCGCAAGCAAGCAAGCAAGCAAGCAAGCAAGCAAGCAAGCAAAAGCAAGCCUCGCCGGGUGUCAGCAAACAGUGCAGAUACGGUCGAACGCCGACGUUGAAUAGAGAGAAUACGCUGCAUGCGAAGCCGUGGAUGGUCUCGCGUGCCGUCCCUGUCACCGUCUCGAAGUAUCUGUAUCUAGGUCAACGCCAACUGCUGCUACGAUGGCGCGCUUCCAGAUGAGCAACCUGGUCGGCGACCCCUUUGCGCUGGCAACCGUAUCGAUAGGCAUGCUGGCGUGGAUCAUCGGUGUUGUCUCUUGCAGCAUCGCCCAUACGAAGGAGGUGAUCCCAAACUUCUUCUGGUGGUCGAUUGCAUACCAGCUCUGCGUCCUGGUCGGUGUUGCGGUCGUGAUGGGCUCGAAUACCAGCCACGUCUACGGCACGGCGGUUGUUGGAUACGCUGCUGCCGGCCUUGUCUGCACUACAUUUACCCUCGACAGCCUGGUCACCAGCAAGCAGGGCGCCAGACAGUCUGCCGGCGCCGGUCUCAUCCUCCUCGCCAUGACAGACAUUGUCUGGAUCUUCUACUUCGGCUCAACCUCCCAGUCAGGGCCUAGGGCGUACAUUGACUCGUUUGCGCCUCACAAGGAACAGCCACACAGCUACCGCAACAGCAAGCCCAUCUCUCACAGCUACACACCCCGUCCCGAAACAACUGUCUCCUCCGCCCACCCACACAUGUACUCGUCCGCGCCUCUCAGGGGGUUCGAAACCUCCUCGCCCAUGACUGGAUUCAACCCUGCCGCUGCCAGCACAACGGGUUUGCAGCCCGUCCUCGGCUCGCAGACCAACGCUAGCACUGUCGGCGGUGAGACAGGCGAGGUAGGACAGCCGACGGAGUAUCCCUACCGUGCCAAGGCGAUAUAUUCGUAUGAAGCCAACCCAGAUGACGCCAACGAGAUCAGUUUCACAAAACAUGAGAUUCUCGAGGUUUCGGACGUCAGCGGGCGAUGGUGGCAGGCGAAGAAGUCGACGGGUGAGACGGGAAUUGCACCGUCGAACUACCUCAUCCUUCUCUAA